UAUUGCUCAUGUGCACAUCUCUAAUUACUUAUCACAGCUGAACGGCGAGAUGUCAUUCUCCAGUAAAUUGUUGCAGCAGAGCUGCCGCCUCUGGCAGAGUGUAAAUGCCACUUGUCGCUUUCACAUGUUGACCCGACCGGCAGUAAUUUCCACCCACAUCAAUAGCAACAACAGUAAAAGCAACCAACUGGCUCCUUCCACAACAGGAGGACUUGGAGGAUUAUUGUUGCCAUUCAACAGCCUUUUACAGCAAGUAGCCGGCUUUAAAGUGAAAGGACGUCUCAAGAGACGUUGCAAAGAUUGCUACAUAGUUGUGCGACAGGAGCGGGGUUAUGUCAUCUGCCCAACGCAUCCGCGCCACAAGCAAAUGUCCAUGAAGAAGCGUGAUUAUAAAUCUUGGAUAUUGACUCAUGCCACGCAAUCGAAAGAAAGGGGGUUCUAAACAUAGAAGGCUUGGCAUUUUGUUAAAACUUAAUAAAACUUAGAAAGAA